AUGGGGAACCCGUCGGACUGUCCAUCUGAAUUUCACCUGCGUCAUGAUAAACCAGGAACUUCUACACGAUCUCUUAUUGACACUGGGUCCAUGUCGAAACAAGUGUACGACGACUUCAUGUAUUCGUCUCAGUAUGUCCAGUUUUUCCUGGUUAUUCUUGGCAUCCUCGCCAACGUGUGUAACAUCACGGUGUUCGCCCGUAAACGAAUGAGAAGCGCAACGUCCACGAUUCUCACUUUCCUCAGCUGUUCUGAACUGGGAGUCGCCAUUGUCGAAGUAAUCGUGAUGUCAUGCACGGCUGCGUUGGGAAAGAGGACAUACACGUCACACUGUUUCUGGACUUUAUUUCAGUGGACUCGAGCCUACUUGAACAUUGUUUUCCAAAGAUGUUCUUUCUUUUUCAACACAUUGGUUGCAACAGAAAGGUUUAUUGCAGUCCGAUUUCCUUUCAGGGCAAAACAGAUUGUUCGACGCAUGCAUCCUGUUGUGCUGUGUGCUGCAGUGACUUGUAUCAUAACCGGAAUGCACAUAUUUAAUCCUUUGAAAAUGCAAGUAUUACCAGUUCAUACUGGGCGCGGAAUAAUUUAUAUUACCGGACACUCUCAACUAUACACCAACGACCCUGGUACGUUUGAUGUUCUCUCAAUCGUGACAAAGAUUACAUUUUCCUACAUUCCUCUCUUUGGAGGUCUUGUAAUGAACAUCUUGAUGGUCACUGUUUUAUGGAAUCACAGAAUACGAAUGGCGUUAAUGUGGGGGAAUUUAAAUCCACAGCAGCGAAAUGAGAGUCGCCAAGUCCAGUCAACAGUGACUAUUCUGAUAUCGACCUUUUUGUUUAUUCUUCUGCCUCUACCAAGUACAGCAACCACUUUUAUCGAACGUGCCAACCCAGAGUACGGAGAACAGAAAAAGGAACAUUACUUGUUCCGUGUCAUCGUCUUGUGUAGUGGCGUGUUGUAUCUUCUGAGUAUGUCGAUGGACUUUCUUGUUUACAUGAUUCUGAGUCGAGCGUUUCGACAGACUUUCAUUUUUUGGUGCAGAUCCCUGCUUUGUCACCUUAGACGUGCUACCGUCGGUGAUGGUACGUUGGUGACAGAGUCCGUAGUGAUGUCUAAAAGCGUUAGCAAGAGAGUGGAAGCGUCAGUGUCGGUGCUGGGGUUUCCAGUAGAGGAUGUCAACAUAGUCAUGGAUUCACUGAUAAUACCCGAUGGUUACUAUUAA